AUGCAUUCCCACUUUCAUGCCUAUCAUCCCAAACCUCCUCUUCUUCUUCUUCCAUGGUGGUUUCAUCGCACCCUUUCUUCCUCUCUUGCGUCCUACACCAUCACCCUCCUCCCCGGCGACGGCAUCGGCCCCGAAGUCAUUUCCUUCACAAAAGACGUUCUUGUCCUCACCGGCUCCUUCGAAGGGAUCACAUACGAGUUCCGAGAGAUGCUUCUAGGAGGCACUGCAUUGGACGCCACCGGAGUCCCCAUGCCCGACGAGACCCUUGCUGUUUCGAAGCAAUCCGAUGCUGUUCUUCUUGGUGCCAAUGGAGGCUAUAAAUGGGAUAAAAACGAGAAACAUCUGAAGUCAGAGACUGGGUUGCUUCAGCUCCGGCCUGGCCUUCAAGUUUUUGCAAAUCUCAGACCAGCCACUGUCUUCCCACAGUUAGUGGAUGCUUCAACCCUUAAGAAAGAGGUUGCUGAAGGUGUUGAUCUCAUGGUUGUGAGGGAACCCACUGGGGGUAUAUAUUUUGGAAAACCCAGGGGCUUUCGGACCAAUGAAAAUGGCCAGGAGACUGGAUUUAACACUGAGAUUUACUCUGCUCAUGAGGUAUCUUACUAA